GUUGGGGUAUCUGGUCGCCUGUGGGGCAUGGUGCCGGGCCCACUCGUCGAUUGGUGUUGUGAAUAAUUGACUAGUCACCGGCCUGCUUUUAGCCCCUCCGUCGCAUGCACGCAGUUCGACACUCGGUUUUGGGGGGGGAGGAUCAGGCUACUAGGGGCAAUGAUCUGCGAUGAGCUUAGUGGAGGUCGAUGUCGAGCAGCUGAGUGUGUACUGACCGAUGUAAACUUCAUGCUCAUCGUGGGCUUAGUUGCGUAUAAUUUUCGUGAGUUGGUGGUGUAAUGUUGUAAAGUCGAGAGAGAGAGAGAGAGAGAGAGAGAGAGAGAGAAUCUUUCAAGUUUUACACAAAAUUUUCCUGGUUUACGGUUUGGGGUCCCACUGGGAUGUGCGUUUCGUGAUAGGGAUGAUAAUGUUCGAAUUGUGUCACAUCUGAGUCAGACGCUUGUGAUAGAGAAUGGAGUGAAUCAGACGAUAAGACUAGCCAUCCUCUUUGCUUCUGCUCUGCGGUCUGAGAAUGCGGACGACGCGGAGAAUAGUGCGAGUUUAUUUUGCGUUCUGUUCCGAGUGUGUCUUAACCGAGUGUGUAAACCCGCUGGUUCCUCACCUCCCUAAUUCUGCUCUCAGUCCAGGGGAAUUACACAAAUAGGAUGCUAAAAAGCUUCAAUUUGUUUUUCCUGUUAGUAUUUUCUGUGGUCGUUGCAGUUCACUGGCUUGCAGAGCUUUUCUGAGCUGGUGUAAAGUGCCCUGACUCGGUUCGCAACUGGGGCGUUGCUACUUCAAACUAAGUGUACUCGGCGAAAUUGCCAAAACUUCCUGGCUGGAGGUUUAGAAGAAACGGAACUGAAGGGUCGUUUGUUUGUUGCCAUGGAGACUCCGAGGUGGGAGGCCUGGAUCAACAUGCGCAAGCCACCAAUGUUGAUGUGUUAACUCGGUUGCUACACAAGCAAACCGCCGGCUCGUGCACUACCGCAGAGGCUUGACAGGACCUUCGUGACGGCUUUGCUCUCCUAACUGGGAGUACUAAAUCCUGCUAGAAUGGGGUGGCUUGAUUCUAUUUUUGGCGCUGGCUCUGGCUCUGGCUCGUUCGAGCAUCGCCGCUAUGGCGAAAACGAGUAUUACGAGUAUCCAAGAUAUCCUUCUGGCUUGUCACACAGCGGUGGCUCUGGAUCAUAUCAGGGAGGCUCUAGUUCUGAUUCGUGGCGUGCACCCAACAUUUUCGAGGAUCCUUAUGCGAAUAGGUAUCCGAACCAAGGCGGGAGCUAUCCAUAUGACUAUGAACGCUUCAGUCAAGACUAUGGACGCUCUAGUCACGACAAUAGACGCUCAUGCCAGGAUUACAGGAACCCCACCGGUUACAUGGGCUCUGCCUAUGAUUAUGGCGCCAGUGAGCCCAUCUAUCCAGCAUGGUGGGGUAUUGAAGAGGGCAGGCAAAGCAGGAAGCAGGACACAGUAGAUGAUGAGAGCAAAGCUGAGGCGGAGGAUGACUCUGAUAAUGAGGUUGGAGGCUUAGUCAGUGAUAUGGGAACUUUGAGUAUCCAUCACCAUCAGUAUCCACCACCUCAACGCACAUCUGUCAUUGCUCCAUACAACCAUAACUAUAUGCCUGCACCAAGAUCUACCUCACAGUCAAUUUGCGCUGGGUGCAAGCAGACAUUAAGUCAUGGGAGGUUUCUGACAUGCCUCGGUCAGAGUUGGCAUCCUGCCUGUUUUUGUUGUCGGUCCUGCCAUAAGGCGAUUGUAGAUCGUGAGUUUUCUGUACAGGAAAAACAGCCGUAUCAUCGAGAGUGUUUCAAAAGGGAAUUUCAUCCCAAAUGCGAAAUUUGUUUUAAUUUCAUUCCUCCUAAUUCUGAAGGAUUGAUUGAGUAUCGAUCGCACCCAUUUUGGGACCAGAAAUACUGCCCGUCACAUGAGCGAGACGGAAGAAGGCGCUGCUGUAGUUGUGAUCGAAUUGAGCGUGUGGAUCAGGGUUAUACUCCCCUGGGAGAUGGCAGGAAGUUGUGCGGAGAAUGCAUGGAUUCCAUGGUGAUGCACACAAGGGAUUGCCAGCCCCUGUACCGAGAAAUCCUCAAGUUCUACAAAAAUAAUCUAGGCAUGUCUAUUGUUCAGGAAAUACCAAUGCUUUUGGUGGAGAGAGCUGCUCUCAACCAUGCCAGAGAGGCUGAAAGGGAUGAACAUAUACAUGCUCCAGAAACUCGAGGACUGUGCCUGUCAGAAGAGCAAACAAUAACUACGGUCUACGGUACUAGUCCAGAUGAAUAUGGAGAUUAUACCCAUCACGAGAUGCAGACGAGGAAGUUGACUCGUCAUUGCGAAGUCACCGCCAUCCUUGUUCUCUUCGGUUUACCCAGUUUGCUGACAGGUUCAAUCUUAGCACACGAACUGAUGCACGCCUGGAUCCGACUUGACGGUGGGUUUCCUAGUCUGGAUAAUGACAUAGAAGAAGGAAUUUGCCAAGUGAUAGCUCACAUAUGGCUCAAAGAAGAGCUUGAGAAGUUAAAGAGAAAGGGUAACGUCUCUGAAGCUACAAUACGUCUGGGCGACUUUUUCCUACACCAAAUUGAGACCGACUCGUCACCCAUCUAUGGAGAUGGGUUCCGAGCUGCCUAUGCUGCAUACAAGGAGUAUGGACUUUCAAAGACCCUUAAUCAUCUUAGGAACACUGGGAGAAUACUCCGAUAAACGGCUUUGAACCAGGUCACGGGCUCUAAGUCCCAUUACCUGGUGUAGCGGCUCUGCUUGUGAUCAAGCAGACUGUUACAAGUUCGGAAUUUAGCUGAGCAGCCUGCAUAUUCCUGUCAGAGGGCAAGAGCAGCUUUCCCUUGAAAGCUGUUGCCCUCGAGUGACCUUUCAACAUGAUUCAGUCGACUAUUGGUUCCCUCACUAAUGGUUUCCACUUGCCACUAGCAAUGUAAACUUUCCUUUCUCUCUCGGUUGGAAGGGUCUUUCUCUUGAGAUUCUCUUUCUUCCAGGCUUUAGCAGAUGGGGGUUUGAGCUCCAGGGGGAAGGGAAGUUGCACACCUAAUCUCGUAUACAAGUUAAGCUUUACUAUCAACUACUAAAUCUUUCAGUCUGCAUUUAAGUGGGUAGACCAAAUUUUUCGGAUGGCAAUACUGGUGAAGGAGAGGUCGAAAACGUUGUAAAGUAGAUAACAAAAGUACGGUGAUCUGAGGAUGAUCAUGUUGGAGAUAUUGAGAAAGAAGUUUUUCAGUGAUCUAUGUAAGCAGAGUAGGCUUCCACUAGCAGCUGAGCCUUUCGGAUGAAGUUAGAGAGGACCGGUGGUGCGACAGACACUACUGUAACCUAGCAUUGUAAUUGGAGGCGAAACAUGAUGCUCGAGAGUUGUGGGCAGAAAUGAGGAAUAAACCAGGCCUGUUCUGAUCUCCGUUCCUAACCA